AGAAGAAGAAAAGAAAGCUAAAGAAUGAGGAUAAAGUAUAAUGAUAAUAAUAAUAUUAAAUAAUAAUAAUAAUAAUACUGAUAAAAGAAGAAGACUGAACACAGUCAGCUGAAUGUAAUCGGGUCACGGAUGGGGACUUCCGGUGCAGAGAGUGUGACAGGACUGUUGGACAGCUGCUUGUCCAAACUGGGAUUUGAAGUGUAUCCUCUUAAGGUCGGCUGGUAUAACUCGGUGCUCCCUCCUGGUCUACACCUGGCCUACCCAGAGGACACCUUGGCUGUGGUGCUGCUCAGUACUCCUGCCAUGUUUGAACGAGCCUUCCUGCCUUUCCUGCAGCAGCAUAGCUGGGAGAACCUGUCUGACCCCAUAGACCAGUGUGUUAGACACCAUGUCACGUCAGGUAUCUCACAGGACUGGAGCUUCAGAGACAUCGUGCCUCCUGUGCAGACCUACUCUGAGAAACAGAAAGAGUACUUCUCCACUCGUCCGGCUCAGCGUUUGGCUCUGCUCAGGACGUGGGGCUUCCUGCCAAGUGAAGACGAUUCCAACAGAACUCAGAACAAGUCAGGUGACAGAGGAGAGGAGCUCUGAUGUGGAAGUGCUACAUUAUCUUUUUUUUUUAUCUAUUUCAAGCCUCUUCUACUUGAAUAACCUCUUUUUUGUUUUGGAAUCCUGUUUAUUUGACUGCAAACAGAGAUAGAAACUUGUAGUUUGAGCAUGUACAGUUCUGGUGAAAAUCAUUAAAGUUCUAUCGAUUAUCUUCUGGAGAGGGGGUGUGGAGGCAGCAGGUUGAACAGGGAGGCCCAGCUGCUGUUUUUUCAUUACAUAUAAUAAUUUAAAAAUAUUUUAAUUGCCCUAAAUAAUGUUUAUUUUAUCUGCUGAAGAGCCCAUUUGAAUACAACUACUGGAAAAUACUUGAGAUAUACCCAUGUUUAAAGUUUUUUGAUUGACAUCCCUAAUAUUUUUUUGUUGUUGUUAGAUUUUAGAUAAAAUUAUUGUUGAAUUUGUGUUGUCUUAAAACAGAUUAUUAAAGUAUUUAACUUCUGUUUUUUGGAGAAAAAGUCACAAAGUGUAAAUGAGGGAGUAGGAAAUGCCACAUACUGCAUGACAAUGACACGACAACUGAAUAUCAUUGUUGAUGAAUAACACUUUUUUCCAUAUAUUUUUGUAAGCAUUUGAGAGUAAAGAUUGAUAAUAAAAACUACCUAAAUUUA